CGAUUAUUCAAUCAGAAAACUGGACUUUUCACCAAUCAACCAAAAUGAGUGACAUCAGGUCUUUCUUUGGCAUCAAGUCCAACGAUCCCUCAAAAUCUACAACCGAUCCAAAAUCACCUAGUGCAAAUCCUAAACCAAAAGGAAGCACCAGUGCUUCUACUUCUAAAGUCACCACAAACAAAUCAACCACACCAAAUAAAAAAUCACCAGCUAAAACGAUGAAACCAACAACAAAACCAGCAAGCUCAUCCACUCGAAAAACAGAAGCAACUGAAUCUAAAUCAAUUCCUAAAGAAUCUUCUACUUCACGUACAAAUACUACUACCAACAAAAGGAAAAUAUGUGUUGAACUUAGUGAUUCUGAUGAUGAUAAGCCUGUGAAAUCUAAAGCUGUAUCAACUUCAAAAGGAAAAUAAAAACUCAUACCUAAAGAGACAAAGUCCACCAAACGUAAACGGAAGGCGAAACUGGAUGAUUUUAUUGAUGAUGAUGUACCAGUGAAGAGCAAAACUACCAAACCACCAUCUUCGAAAAAACUGAAACCAGAUAAAGAUAGAACUCCAACCUGCAAAACCCAAGUCAAAAUGGAUUCCUGGGCAACAACGCGCUGGUCCCUCUGCUCCAGAUCCCCUAACAUCAAAUCCGCUUUCAUCUUUACAGGCUCAAAAGAAAUUCCAGAAGGACAGCCUAAUUGUCUUGCUGGUCUUACAUUUUUAUUCACUGGAGAAUUGGAGUCACUGAGUCGUGAAGAAGCUCAAACCCUGUGUAAACUUUAUGGAGGUUCUUGGUUCAGAUGCAGCGCAAAGAAGUUAGAAGUCAUUGCUAAGCAUAAGAUAACCACCCUGACAGAAGAUAAGAUUUUGGAAUUGAUCGGGACACACUCAGCAAGUGAGGUUGAUCCGAAAGUACUCAAGAAGCAACAAGAUGAGAUUAAGAAGAUCAAGCAAGCUGCCAAGGCUAUGGAACCUACUAAGGGAAGCACAGCAAGACCUGAUGCGAAUGCGAUUAGAAGUAGGAUUAUGUGUAUUGCAUUUAGAGAAAAAUUGAAAGGUCCAGCAAUUGCUAUUGAUCAACUGGUGGCUGGUAGUCAGUCUGAUAGUAGACAAAUUAUCAAUAUGUUGUUGGUUUGGAAAUUACAGAGUGGUGAAGGUCCUUCUAAACCAAUGGAAUUUGAUGAUGCUAGAAAAAUUUUGACUAGGAAUUGCGCUGGACUGGCAAAAGCUGCUAAGAAAAUGGAGUUGUUAUCACAAGCUGCUGAUUUGAUUUUGGAUAGUGAUUUAGUAGAUUGA